UCAAGAGUUUCCUCGGGUAAUCUGGCGCUUUUCAGCAUGGUUGAAUGGUAAAUAAUUUGACACUUGCAUAGUAAUCAAUACUGAAAGUCCAAUGGAGCUUAUCAGUGGAAAUAAGUUUUAAUCCAGUGUAGUACCCGGGUAAUGCAAGUCGCCUAAUGUGUAAGCAUGUAGUUAAGGAGGCGAAAGUCGAGGAAACCGAGAAAUUACAAUGUUGAAGGGCCCAGGGCCAACUCCCUACGUAAAACACGGGCAGGGGAAAACGGCCUGUACAAUUCUAACGGAGGAUGGGUGUAUUUAUCCCGUGAUUUCGUCACUGUCUUAUAAUGAUCGGACUAAAUCGGUUCCCCAUGAAUACGGGAGAGGGGCACGUCCAAUGCACAGGUCAACACUGACCAUUGCUAAACCUCCCUGGUCACCUGAACAGGAAUUCAAGACUACUAGUAAACAGUACUUCAGUGGCAGUAAGAGCCUGAAUCCAGUCCGAAGGCCCCCGCUGUGUCCCUCCAUGCACAGAUCACAGUGGACCAUUGGUCAUAACAUGCAGGACACCACGUUUGAUACAGAAUACUCCAAGACUUACUUUGAAAAGGACAUUGUACCGUUACAGAGGGAGAGGUGUCGUAACCAACAGAAUGCCAAUCGACUCCAUCUGACAUCGCUUGUCAAUAGAAUUGACCAGACGGAGGGCAAAGACAUGAAGACUACAGUACACACUGACCCUCACGCCCCCACUUACUGGUCACAGUACAACCGAGUACAUGGAAAACUAGGUCAAAUGCGGGGGCCUGGGGUCGAAAGAGAAAGAGCAAUCCGUCAGAGCUACAAUAUAUUUACAGGUGAAGAAACGGGUACUGCCUGGAAAUGUGACAAUAAGCGAAUUUCUGGAAACCGUGUGUUGGUGAAUACCAGAGAAAGUAAUGACUGGUACCUACAGGACUAGUGAAAAAUAAGUGAUAAUUCGACUGCUUACAGGACUAGUGAAAAUAAGUGAUAAUUUCACUGCUUACAACUAGUCAUCUGGUUCAAUGUGAUAUUUUCUACUCAUUUACUAAUCAGAAUAUACAAACUUAUGUUGGCAUAUAUGGAAGAUAUAGAGACCAUAAUCAUUCUGGUACAUAUGUAUAUCUAUUCUGAAACUUUCAUAUAUAGAUUUCACUCUUUCAUGUACAUGUAAAUAAAUUGUUAUCAAUUUGGAAAAUACUCCCCAA